AUGGAGGUUUGGAUCGCGCUUCCCGCCCAGGGCUCAGGACCGGCUAGCAAGGGAAGGUCCCGAGCCUAUUUAAGCGAAACUAGCAGUUAUGCGGAACAAUAUGUUGUUAACGCUGCAUUCGAAGCAUCCACGGCGACUCUUGACUUCAUCGAGACACAUGACCGAAGGAUAUGGUGCUAG